AUGGCCGUUUUGGACGUUUUUGGGCUCGUUUUGAAGGGCGGGCGCCGGGUACGGCAACCCCUUACCCGUACCCGUACCCGCAGCCUACCCCGUACCCGUAACCCGCCGGGUAUCGAAAACCCGUGUCCAUCACUAGAUGUCUUCUCUUCACUGUCUGGGAGAUGGGGAGCUCAAGCUGAAAGAUGCAACGAUAGCCAUCGGAAGAAAAACCACCCAAGCGCCGCCUAUAGUUUCUUCGACCACCCGACCAACUCCCUACGACAGCGCGCAUGGCUGGUCUUCUCUGUAGGUGGACUAGUGCGCUACGCGGCAUUGCGCAAAGUCACUAUGAAUGCUCGCGGGGCGUUGGCAUCCUUCACCUCUGGUCGGGAGUUUGGGAACUGGUGGUGUCAAGGUCGGUCGCCUGUCGACGCGUUCGCCUUCAUACUGCCCAAGAUGAUGGUUCCAUCGCUGAAGACUCUCGUCUUGGAGACCCGAUAUCAUAGACCAGCUCUAUUUGCGGCUAUCGUCCACGAGGACUCUGACUGGGAAACCCUUGAUUUCGUGUCUUGCCGGGUUACAAUGGUUCAGGACUGA